AUGACGGAGCCGAAUGAGGAUGUCGACGACCCCUUCAUGCUGCUGCUCCGCGAACGAGCUGUCUUGUCACGCAAGCAGCAGGGCAUCCCUUUCUCGCAAAACGAAGGAGGGCAAAACUGGCCCUCGCGACUGGCCGAGCCUCCGACUGCCAACAACUUCAAGCAGAUCAUCGAGGAGCACGUGCCAGUGCUGAUCGAAGCAUGCAUGAUGGGUCGUCCCGGGCUCGCCAAAUGGAAAGACACGAGCUAUUUGGAGUCCUGCAUGGGUCCCAAUCGAAGCGUGGUGGUGGCCAUCACUCCCGAUGGCAGGGCCGACGACCUCAUUGAGCAUCCUGAACAUGGGGCUCCGGUCUUUGCGCUGCCUCUGGAAGAGAACAUGCCCUUCUCCGAGCUGCUGACACGCCUGUCAGAGCAAGCGGAGGGCAAGGCAGAUACAAUUGCCUACUUGCAGUCUCAGAACUCGAACCUCAGCGUCCAGGAGUAUGGCGAUCUGUCACCUCUUUUACGCGAUUUAGAGCUACGUGCAGCCACAGAGCAGACAGGAACCACCGGAGACAACCGCAGCGACUUGCCUUGGGCCACGCAGGCGAUCGGAUACCCUCCCGAGGCGACCAAUAUCUGGAUCGGCACGUCCUCGUCGCGUACCUCGAUGCAUCGCGACUACUACGAGAAUCUCUUCACCGUGGUGCGAGGCUGGAAGGAGUUCACCGUCUAUCCUCCAGCAGAAGCCUGCUUUCUGUGCGACGACGAAGAGUAUCCUGUGUACAAAUACAUCAAGGAACCUACAGGGCAACUUGAGCUAGAGGGAGAGAGCGGGGGAGCGACGACUAGAUGGAUACCGGUCGAUCCGACGCUGCCAAAGGACGCCGAGCGCAAUGCACCGUUCGUCCAUCGCGACCUCAACCUCGCUGAAGCAGAUGGAGUGCUACCUCGGAAGCACACUCCACAGACCAAGUACGGCUACGCUCUGCCGGCGCUCAAGAUCCGCGUUCAUGAAGGCGAGACGCUCUAUCUUCCGAGCGGGUGGUUCCAUCACGUGGCGCAACAGCAAGACAGCCAGGUCGUGUCUGUCCAGGGUCAAGAUUCCGUCGAGCGAGGUCUUUGCCUUUGUCUCAACUGGUGGUACGAGAUCUCAGAUGAUAUGGCCAUUCAACUCGAUGAGACCAGUCUCACAAUAGCAACAUGA